AUGUCUGCCUCAGCACUCCUCAAAAGCCGUGUACGGCGGCCGAGCUAUCUGAAGAAGCUCGCAAAGGCAGAGGAUUUGCUUCAUUACUUCCCCAACGGCGCAUACAUCGGGUGGUCUGGCUUCACUGGUGUGGGAUACCCCAAGAAGAUCCCCACCGCGCUAGCGGACCAUGUCGAGCAGAACAACCUCCAGGGCAAGCUCAAGUACAAUCUGUUUGUUGGCGCGUCGUCGGGCGCCGAGACGGAGAACCGAUGGGCGCGGCUGAAUAUGAUUGAGAGGCGGUCUCCGCAUCAGGUCGGCAAGGAUAUUGCAAAGGGGAUCAACAAUGGGAACAUCAAGUUCUUUGAUAAACACCUGAGUAUGUUCCCCGUGGACUUGAUGUAUGGAUACUACACCCUGAACAAGCCCAACAACAGAAUCGACGUCGCCAUUGUCGAAGCCUCCGCCAUCACUGAUGAUGGAGGCAUUAUCCCCGGCGCCAGCGUCGGUGCCUCGCCCGAAAUCAUCCAGAUGGCAGACAAGAUCAUCAUCGAAGUCAACACCGCCGCGCCUUCAUUCGAGGGCCUGCACGACAUCACUAUGACCGAUCUUCCUCCCCGCCGCAAGCCCUACCUGAUCAUGGGCCCCGAGGACAGGAUCGGAACACCCCACAUUCCCGUGGAUCCAGAGAGGGUCGUUGCCAUUGUCGAGUCCGACUAUCCCGACCAGACGCAGCCCAAUGCGCCCGAGGAUGACACCUCUCGCGCCAUCGCGUCCAACUUGAUCGAGUUCCUCAAGCACGAGGUGGACCACGGCCGUCUUCCCAAGAACCUGCUUCCCAUCCAGUCCGGUAUUGGCAACAUCGCCAACGCCGUCAUUGGCGGCCUUGCGUCCGGGGGUGCAAACUUUAAGAACCUCCAAGUAUGGACCGAAGUGCUCCAGGACUCGUUCCUCGAUCUCUUCGACUCGGGCAACCUCGACUUCGCCACCGCAACCUCGAUCCGUUUCUCCCCCGAUGGCUUCGAGCGCUUCUACAAGAAUUGGGACCACUACACGCCCAAGCUGCUCCUCCGCUCCCAGCAGGUCUCCAACUCGCCCGAGAUCAUCCGCCGCCUAGGCGUCAUCGGCAUGAACACGCCCGUCGAGGUCGACAUCUACGCCCACGCCAACUCGACGUGCGUCAUGGGCUCGCGCAUGCUGAACGGCCUCGGGGGCUCCGCCGAUUUCCUGCGCUCCGCAAAGUACUCCAUCAUGCACACGCCCUCGACGCGGCCGUCCAAGACGGACCCGACGGGCGUCUCGUGCAUCGUGCCCAUGUGCACGCACAUUGACCAGACGGAGCACGACCUCGACGUCAUCGUCACGGAGCAGGGCCUCGCCGACGUGCGCGGCCUGUCGCCCCGCGAGCGCGCCCGCGUCAUCAUCGACAAGUGCGCGCACCCGGACUACAAGCCCAUCCUCGAGGACUAUCUGAACAAGGCCGAGUUUGAGUGCCUACGCAAGGGUUGGGGCCACGAGCCGCAUUUGCUGUGGAAUUCGUUCGAUAUGCAUAAGCAUUUGAAUGAGCAUGGGACGAUGAAGUUGCCCAGGUGGGAUUAUUCGAGUGCGGAGAAGGGGAUGCAUGGUGAGACGUAG